UUGGAAACCUACUUGGGAUCGAAGGUCACGUCACUCAGUCAAGAAGUUAAAGUCAAUCCUCUGAGCUUCCUACAAGUCUCAUUUUCUUGCCACAAAGAAGAAGCAAAGCAGGACCAGGUAGAUAGAUACAAGCACCUCACACAAACGCCUCCCGUUUGAAUCAACCGGCACCCACAACAACUCCUUCCUGGAGUGUCCGGCAGUUUGCUCGGAGAUCGACCGAAUGAUUAAGAUCUGCUAUGAAAUUGAUUAAUUCGGACUUCUCAUGCAAAUGUGCUAUGAUUGUGGUUCCUUUAUGCUUCACUUCUCCCAAAGUCAACCCGAUCGUCGAUAGAGUUGCUGAUGACAUUGAUGCUCGAGGGCUGGCUGGAUCUGGUGUUGUGGUGGUGUAACCGAGGGGCUCAGGGAGGCGAGCAUCAGCACCAGCACCCAGCAAAGCACAGACUGCCCCCACAUACUAGCAAUUUCGCUCGUCAGGAUGCAACCCAAAAGCAACGUCCGUGCAAGUCAUGGAAGGCCUCCCCCUACAGCUGUCUCCCUCUGAGGGCCAAUUAUACCCCGUAUCCAGCAGCCCACACGGGAUUUGCACAAGCACCACCAUGCCCUCAGAAUUAAACUCAACAAACAGAGUUUGCAGCCAAGCCAGUGGUCCCAGAUAUUAGCCGACAUCGUUUAAGGAGUCAGGGAUGUCAAAACAACGUGCUUCAAGUGCUCGAGUACUGCGGUACGAGGGUACCUCACUGCUACACCGGCCAGUAGAAACUUGCCGUAUGCAGGAGAAGUACCCGAGUUCGUACCUCCCAUAGCCUGGUCCGUAAUCACCGUUCCACAGCUUCUGGUCUGCACGGUGCACUCUGACCCUGGCUGAUCUCGGAGCAAACUUGCCUGUCGUGGGCUCAAGCGGUUUCAUUCUGCAUCCCAGCCCGCAGCACCUCUCACCACCCCUCCAUCAUAACGCCUCAGUUACUAGGGUCGAGGGGCCAGUCCAGAGGGGACACUCGAGAGACAGGAAAAAGCUGACUGCGGUGUCUCGGACGCCACAGCGUUCAUGAGUGGGUGCUCUGCAAACAGCACCAUGGUUGAGCUGGUGGAGGAACCAUCCCUGCUGCAUCGUUUCUUAUGUGAUGUAGGGAUUUGGUGUUAAGAUAGUCAAAUCGCUCUCAUGGUCCGGGGUCCGUCCAUGUUGCUUCACUCGUCCUUAAGUAUAUCGGUAUUCCUGUUCAUGCAAUCUUGAUGUAGGAUCCUGCUGACUAUUUCAAAUUCCAAUUCUUAUCUGAAUCAUAAUAUCCCCCUCCUACGUCUGUGGAGCAGUUCGUCAGGAUACCUAAUUACGAGUGCAUUACCUUUCCAUCUUUCCUUUUGUGGAGAUCCUGCACUGGAGAAGACAGGCCCAGCUGAUGGUAGCCUGUGAAACGUCCAUGGCUCAUAUUGCGGAUUUAAUGGUGGGACCACCAAGCAGCUUGGGGCUGAACAAUUAUAUAGCCAGAGAGCUAUCACCGCAUUCUCCCAAAGAAGCAUCACCAGCAACAAUCGAUACUCCAUCUAACGAUGACUCUGAGAAGUAUGUGUGGAGGAUGCAUCAACCAACAGAGCCUCGAAAGUACCAACUAUUUCCGGCGGCAAAGGAGAAGCUGUCGAUAGCUGCAGGACAGAAGAAUGGGGAUACAGAGUCGUCACAAUCGACAACGAUGGGACAAAGUGGAACGAAUGAGAAGGACCGGUCCUUACUGACAAACGCUUUACGGCUCGGACUGAAACAAAAGGAGCAACCUCUUAGCCGUCGACGGAAACCAAGUAUGCCAACGGAACUUGGUCCGAUGACAACGGUACAGGAAGUUGCCAUGGAUUCUCCUACGAUACCCGGCCGACCACCGCUGCACGAACGAUCUAUUAGUGCACCCGGUAACAGCUGGCGCCAGCAUGUGUUUGGCGAAAGCAUGCUCUCGUGCAUAUCCGGACCUGCAUUGGAUGAGAAUGCUGAGAUGGCUAUAUCCCCGGAUAGUGGAAGUAAUGGACAGGCUCAAGCGAAUAUACAGCUAGACAGCCAGGUUUUCGACGACGAAGAUACCUCCCAGCCGCUCCCAGCACCAACCUCAUACUCUUUUCGCAACAAGUCUCGAUCCGCCUCGCCAAAGCAACAGCCACUCUCGCCCAAAUCCCUGGCACCGCUGGUCAUCCCACAGUCGAGUUCCUCGCAAUCCCAAAGACUGACGCGGCAAUCAUCUAACUCCCGCAUGCGUUCGCGCUCGGGAAGUGGAAGCUGUGGUACACCUCCAGAUGUUCCUCCCAAAUCUGCGAGGAUGAAGGAGGGUUCCCCACACCCACGGGCCUCGCCAUAUACUCCCAUGUCAGGAUCAUCCAGUAGUUUGCUAUCCGCCUCCACUGCUGCAACGUCUCUUUCAACCACACCCAACACUCCAUUCGCUCUUCCUCAAUUCCCGCAGGAAGGACGUUCCUCACCGAAGCCUCUCCCAAAUCCUCAAUUCCCGCUUGAGGGCCGCUCAUCACCCAGACCAUGGAACGGGACGUCUUGCUCCCCAGUGACAAGCAGCACAACUCUAGGUCACAUGUGCCACACUAAGAGUUCAUCAGAUGCCGCCCAGCAUUCGCUAUCUCACCAACGAUCAUUCCCCGUUGGACCAACCCUCAAGGGCCACCGAAGACAUGAAUCCGAGAGCUCAGCAUCGAUCAUGGACCGAGGUCGUCCCAAAAAGCGUUCCCCAUCUGAAGGCUCCCCCGUCAAGCGUUCCAGUUCCAAACGCUCGCCUUCCAUACCAGCCUCAACAGGCAACCCUCCCUCUCGGACACAAACCCAAUCCCCAACUAACUCCCCAAGGGACCGUUCCGAAGAACAACGCGCCUUCGAGCACCUCCCAACCGGGCACUCCGCAACCACAGCUCACACGCAUCUCCCUUCAAGUGAGAUUGCCACCCUCCGCAAACAGGCCAUCGGCCAAGCUUCCCGCUUCCAAGUCCUCUGCACUAAAGACGUUGAGGGUCUCUCACGCGAACUCCGCGCCCUCGACGAGCGCUGUGAAUACCUUCGCAAAACCCACCGCUCUCUCCGCUCCGGCCGCCGCAACCUCCACGAACGCAUCUGUACUUACCUGCGCAGUCCACGCGUGGCACGUUUCAGUCACGAAAGCAUGUUGAGGCAGGAAGAAGCCCUCAGCGAGCUAGAUACUAGUAUCGAUGACUGGGUAUCGAAGCUUGAGCAAGCCGAGAAUAGACGUACAAGAGUCAGACAGAAGCUGCUGGAGCAUGUUGCUGCGGCGCUGCUUAUGAACCCUGCAUCGUCGCCGACGUCCGAGGAGGCGAUUGGUUUGUUGCUGGGUAAUGGUGGUGCUGGUAGUGAGAAUGUCAAGGCGCAGGUUACGAGUCAGGCUCACGCGCCUAACACGCCGCCUCGGUCGCCUACCAAGUCAUCGUCACCCGAACGUCUCGAGCGCGUCGUGGAGGAAGUCAAGGUCUCUUCUCCUGAGGCACCAUUGAGGAUGAGUCGGCGCUGCGUGGAGAGUAUCCGCAUCUACGCUGAUAGCGAUAUCUCUGCCUUGAUGGCUGAUGUUGAGGAUGAGAUCAAGCGGAUGGGUGAAGAGCCUUCUCUUGACGCCACGACGCCAGUUGCGGAGCAGAAGGCAGAGGAGCCACCGCUCCCAAUGCUGCUGAAUGCCGUUGCCUUCGAGGGCAUGGCAUUGCAUAAGCAGAGGAGCGCGGGGAAGUUGAAGAAUUGAAUUGAUAUGAGUCCUGACGCUUGGAUCGAUCACGACGCAAGGUUUCUAGUUUCUUUAUCUGUUUACUUUUCUUGCAGCACGCUUACGGCUUACGGCUCAAUGCACUCACGCUCCUUUACACACACACUUCACAACAUUACAUCAACUGCCCUUCACUAUCUCGCCUUGCUAUAUACACGUUUCAUGCAAUGGCGAGGAGGGGUCAUUUUACUAUCUACAUUCUUACAUUCCUUGCGAUUUCGAUAUGCUUGAUGCUUCACGAAACGGCUACUACCAUACAUUUAUACAUCACACGAUAACCACAUAUCACACGACUUGGACGAACGACCACAAUACGUUACCCUGAACUGCAAUGUCUAUUUGCUUGUUUUCCCUCUGCAUAGCGCACACUGCUACUUUCUUGUAUCUCCUUUUACACUUUGUCUAUUGUUCAACUUUUUUUACUCCUCGCUGGCUACUGAGCCCACUGCAUUUUACCUUCUCUACUCUCAUUAAACACACCUUUUUUGCUGCAUAAAGCAUGCAUAUUAUUGUAUUCUUGGUUCUUCUAUAUAUAUACUUCUACAUAUUUUAUCAGCAUUGUUAUUUUACUGCUGUUGUUGCUGUUCGAUACCAACAUUUACAGGCGCUUGGGCGAUCUAUGUAUUCAUUUAUCAUCAUCAGUCUCAAUGGAAUAGGGGCUAAAACCCGUUCCGGUCUGUUUAUCGGCAGUUGAUACCAUUCCUGCUUUGCUUGCUCUCUGAAGUUGUGUAAUUUCGAUUGGUUGGGUCACCGCUUGGGAGGAUGCGAGGUGCUGGUGCUGGUGCUGGAAUUUGGACUGGUUCUUGUAUAGUAGAAAUUGAAUUGGAUGGAUAGGAUGGUCUUGAUACAGAUCGAGGCUAGAUAUAAACCUAUCCAGAUAUCCGACUGAGAACAUCAUGAAUAAGAAUAAGAAAAAAU